ACAUCCACAACGUUAUCCUAUUUCGAACAUAUUGCCUCCGUAACCCUUGUUCUGACAUCGGAUAGGCAAAUUACCCAAUCCGUUUGCUGGAGCUUGCCGUCGUGACCACCACAGUACUUGAGAGCAAGACGUACUGUCCACCGGAUCCACUUUCGCAUUUUUCUGCUUCUCUUCUCAGUACGGGUUGAGCUUAACACGCCCAAAAAUGCCCUUCAUUCAUGAUGCUAUGGACGAAAAAAUCAAUCCUCAGAAUGCAUCACUGUUCUUCAGCCGACUGCCUGGUGAACUACGUAACCAGAUCUACGAAUUGGCCAUGACCGCCGACAAACCGAUUGUAGAUCCCACCAUUCCACCAACAUAUACAGCAUUCGCAAAGGCGAUGGGAUACCGUACGGAUCACCAUCGUGUGCCCGACUUGAGUACUCAGUUGCUCCGAACGUGUAAGCGAAUGCAUAUGGAGAUCUCAGUAGGGCCUCUCUACGCCAAUAACACCUUCCGCUUUACCACUUCGUUUAGCGCAGACAAAUUCCUAUCCGCGUUGCCGCACGAGUACCGAGGGAUGAUCCAAGAUGUCGAAGUGGAUCUUCGAGAGGUGAAUGAUGCGCAUCCAGCAGUUGAAAGGGAGUGGAUUCAAUACCUGUCGUGGAAGCCACAAGUGGACUCGUUCAGGGCGACGAAAGUAGGGAGCCUGCGUUCUGGGGCGCCGAAUGUGAGAACCUUGCGUAUCAAUAUCGAGUGCUGGAGGGUGCAGGAGAUGAUGCGUAGCGUGGCGCUUCUGAAGGAGCUCCUGCAGGGUCCUCACAAGCUGCAGCGCAUUGUUAUGACUGGUGUCGAUGGGAGCGAGCUACUUUUUGGGUCUAGAGAGCGAUACCUUGAAAAAUGGGGACCAGUCGCUUUUGUGGGUGUGAUGCGUUUCGCGCGACUCGCUGGAAUGACAGAAUGGAUGGCUAACGCCGUCGAGGGUGAGAAAGAAGACAAAGUCGUCAUGUGGGAAAAGAAAGGUCCUUGUGUGAAUCUCGAGAUAAUGACCGGGAGCGAGUAUAGGUUGCAAACGGGGAAGAGAGCGUCAUGGCUUGAAAAGGGAGCCACGUACAAUCCUCUAAAAGGAGUCUGCUUGUUGGACGCGUACGAACAACGAUGGCAUUCUGGCGAAUGGCCAAGAGAUGGUGGCUACUGA